ACUAAAUCGGAGUAGCAGUAGCAACAGAAAAAUAGAAAACUCAUUUAAUUAUUACUUCCGCAAGUUAGAUGUAAAAUCGAAUGAACUUCCUUCCGAAAUCGAAACAACGACAACGACAGCAACAACAGCAACAGUAACCGUAACAGCAACAACAAUAGAACAAUGCGUGAAUUUGUGUCCCGAAAAGUGCACUGUGAAAAUUUUGCUGAGCUAGCGUAAGCGCGCGCAUACACACAGGAAGGCAGGCGAACGGGCGUGCUCUCUCACCGCCAGGGCACAGGACACGGGACACAGGACACAGGACAUUUGCUGGUGCUGGUAUUCAAAAAUGCACAAUCUCGCCGUGUAAAUUUGUCAUCGAAUUGAAAAUUUUAGUUUGCUUCUGAGCUCCGGCAAAAUGUGCAAUCUCUGGAUAUGGACGCCGCUUAAAUAACAGCAGGCGGUUCAGGCCACCCACGCGCCUACGUCGAGCAUCCAAGAACACUGAGGUAGCAGCAGCGGCAGCGGCAGCAGCAGCAGCAACAGCUCAGCAGAGAUGGCUCUAGAACACACAUUUCUGGGAACCUGGGAGAUUGUCUCCUGUACUUUCGAGGGUAAACGCGAGAUAUCCGGACUGGAAGGCAUCAAAUUUCGCCUUGACGACACCAGCGACAUUACUUGGUACAAUGAUCUGGUCAGUCCAAUUCCUGAAACAAAAGACUGCGGCACUUGCUGUGACUCGGCAAGUGUUUUAUUUAGUUGUGAGACCUUCGAUGUGCACGAGCUCAAUCCGCGUCUUAUAUUCGGCGCGUUUGCAGGGCACAGCAUUGAGUUCAGCACCAACACGCUGACACCGACUGAUACUUUGGUGCUUAGCUGCGAGAACUGGUAUGCUGUAGAGUGCAAGCGACUGCAGGAUGGGCAGGCAGCUGGCCAGGAGAAGCAGUUCACCUUUGGCGAGGCCCUGCAGGAGACCUACUUUAGCGAUGUGGUGGUGAAGAGCUCCUGCGGUCUGGAGUAUGCGGUGCAUGCCUCGAUUCUCCGCCUUAACGGCUUCGAUUGCAGCAUGUGCGCCAACACUCCCUUGGCUCGGAAUAGCGUUAAGCAUUGCUUCAGUGGACCCACAACGCCCAAUCCCAUACGCAUCUCGGUGGCCCCCGUUCUGGGAGGGGACGAGGACGAGCCACAGCAGCAGCAGCAGCAACAACAACAACAACAAUUGCAGCACCAGCAGAAAUCGCUGCCACGUUUGAAUCUGUCGCCGAUUUAUUUGCAACCGCCUUGCGAUUUCAAUGCUUUGGCGCCGCCGGCUCAGGGCUUGGGAGCCCAUCGCAUGCAUCACUUCUCCAACUCCUUCAAUUGCUUGAGCAAUGGCAAUGCGCCUGUUGGCAAUGCGCUGCUCACCGCGGAGAGUGGAGGAGGGGGCGGAGGCGUAGGCGGAGGCGGAGGCGUCGGUAUGCGUCGUUAUCCACCCACAUCGCAUUCCGACUCGCAUUUGGAGGCGACAACGCAAUCGCAUUGCAAGAAUAUAUUCAACUUUUGUCAGGAUUUGAUGCUACAGCCAUCCUCAGAUGUUUGUGCAACAACGGCGGGCGGCUUAAGUGCUGGACUAGGCGUGGCGUCUGUGUGUGGAACACGUAGGCCGCCUUUGUCUCCAUAUCGUGCGCGUAGUCCUUCACCAUUUCCCAGCUCGAUGGACACACCACCUUCGUCGCCAUUGACGCCGGUCGGCGUGCUCUACAACUUGCCCACUUUCCUGCUCAGUCCCAUUCUCCAUUGGCUGUACACAGAGUCCUUGCUGCCCGAUCUGGACGAGGAUGUCUGCGAGAAGCUGAUCAAUUUUGCCGAAACGCAGCCAUCGCUGAUCAAAUUGGUGGAGCCUACGCGCAAGUACCUGAGGCUGAUGCGCCUAAAGAAAUUUGUAGUCAACGUCACCAUGGACUUGCACGGCAUAUUCAAUCGCGUCAUACAGUCCAUCAAUCCGUUGACCAUCUCGCAUGAGCCUGCUCAGCUCUAUGCCACGUUCCAGGAUGCGCUGCGCGAGGGCGCAAUAGGUUGUGCCAAAGUCUUGCAGUUCUGCAAUAUCUUCAUCAAGGAUGCCACGAGCAUGGCCCGGUACCAGAAAAACGAAAUCGUCAAAUAUGUGCGCACGCGCAUUCCCAUUUUCAUGUCGCAGGCGCAGCAACUGUUGCGCAACAUCCUCAGUGUCUUUGUGGGUCUCAGCGUCGAAGAGAAGGCAGAGUUGGUUAACUAUCUAGUACCUGAGAUCGAGUCCACAUUGUUGAUUUUAACAGCUGUGAUAGAGGAAAUCAAAAAUUCAUUAGAAACCAUGUGCAAAGACUUGAAGUGCUCACAUCUUGAUCAAUCGCUGAAGCAGCAGUCGGACGACAACAUUGCCAUGCAACUGCAGCACAACAACUUCAUUGGUGCCGAUUUGAAUCCCAGUGUAGGCGUGCCAGGCUCCGUAACCCUUUUUGGCCAGCCGCCGCUCUCACCGCGUCCGCGUCGGGGCCCUCCCGUUGGUCUCACGCUCUACAGCAAUCCGACGGAAAAACAACGACUCACGGCGGCCGAGAACGAUCUGAAGUUCGUGCUUUAUAUGUACGAGGUGCGUAAGAUGCGUGACAUUUAUGGACGUAUAGCUGCCGCUCUGGACGUUAUCAAGGACAAGAAAAGCACCUUUUGCGACAUGGACUUUCUUAGCAAACGCAGCACAAUUAAUCAAAAUCUAGAGCAGCUUAUUGUCGACAUACCCGCGUAUAUAUUCAUUGUGGAGAAUCUGUCGGACAGACUGGACGACAAGCUGGGCUGGAAGGAGUUCAAGUUCUGCUUCAAGCUGGCCACAAGUCAAAUUAAUGGUGUCAUUGUUAAGCUUCUGGACCAUAAGGCAGCGCUGAGAGAUGCUGUCAAUCAGAUUUGCAAGUUGGUGCACAAGCAGGAGUUCACACGCUCGCUUAUCGAACUGGGACUGCUGGAGCACUCGAAUGUGCUGCAACACGAGCUCAAUCUGGCCGAUCACGAGAACAAUCUGGGACUAAGUGACGUGGACAGUGUGUCGAUGGAGCGCAAGUAUCUGUACGAUUACAGCAACACCAAGCUUAACCUAAUACGGCACUUGUGCGAGCCACCGAUUGCGGCCAACAGCAAUCUAUCGAAGAACGCGCUGCGUUUGCUGCACUCCGGUCAGCUGGCGGACAUGGAGUUUGAGGUUCACACCUAUGCACCGAUCAGUAGCGGGGUCCUGGCCAUCACACCAGGCACCACGCAGGCCUCACAACCCGAAAUAGCCGGGAACGCAAGCACAUCGACUCUGCAGGUGCACAGCUUCAAGGCGCAUCGCGUCAUAGUCGCCGCACGCUGCGAGUGGUUCAAGAAGGCUUUGAUGUCCGGCAUGCAGGAGUCCAUUAAUAGAAAAGUGGUCAUCACGGACACCUCGCCGGUUAUCUUUCGUCGGCUGUUGCUCUACCUCUAUGGUGCACCCAUUGAUCGCACUGUUGGGGCCGAGCAGAUAUGCGAGCUCAUGCUUUUGGCCGAUCGUUACUCCAUCGAUGAUCUUAAGGAAUUGUGCGAAAACACGCUGAACUCACUAAUCGAUGAGGACUCGGUCAUCUGCUUGUUGGGCAUUGCCGACCGCUAUAUGGCCACUGCAUUGAAGUCCAACUGUCUCUCUUUUCUCUCGCAACACGCGACGCUCACUAAGAGCGAAAUGUUUAAGGAAUUGCCGCAGACCUUACAGUUAGAGGUCAUGGAUUUGAUACAUUGGUUCGGUCGCGUAGCCGAACCCUGGAACGAUCGGGGCUUCAAGCCGCGCAGCAGUUCGCGACAUAGCCUCAAGAGUCCCUCAAAGCCCCGCUCCCGCUCGCGUAAGUCCUCGCCUUCCUAUAUGUGACGCUGACAGAGUGCGAUCGAACCGAAUGCAAACCUAUUGCAUAAGUAAUUGGGCAGGAGAUCGAGAUCGACAGCGAGAACGAGAACGAGGACAAAGGCGAGGACGAAAUAGAAGACUUGGUUAACUUGGAACUGAACGAACGAUGAGACGGAAUGGAGGUGGCGCUUCUGCUGAUCGAUGAAUAAUAUAUAGAGUACAUAUUGGGGCAUCCAGUAUGUUAGUAUGGUGCAGGGGCAGGUAGGAACGUAAGAAGUACUUAUAUAUUUAACACUGGAACCUAGGGCCAGGUCUCGAAUGAUGGAAAUGGAAAAUUGAAUUUAAUUGUAACAGCAAAGAAAACAUGAAUUAUGUAUAUGUAUGGAUUAUACAAUGUAUUUAUGGCACGUUACAUAUGUAUAUAGGUUAAAUAUGUACUAUAUAUGCCAUUGUUUAUCAAUUUUUUACAUAGCUAAUUGAAGACCCUGAACAAAAUUUAUACAUACAUAUAUACAACAAAUCUAACAAAAUUGUAAGUGAUUCAGAAGACAUGGGAAAGGACAUCGUGUUUUUAAAUUAAAUUAAUUACUAGCACACUCCAUCUGAGGAAAGAACUCGUAUUCGUUUUUGCAAAAGAAUUUUCAAUAGACAUAUAGUUGCUGUUAUAGGUACAUAUACAUUUACAUAUACUGUGUAUGUGAAGAAAACGAUAAUUCUAUGGAACAAAAUGAUGUUUGUUUUUAUUGCUAUUUGGUUCUAAUCUUUUUAUUUGUAAACAUAGCCCUUUUUGAACAUAUUUAGAUGUGCGUGUGUGUAUCUGUCUGUAAGUGUCAUUUAUUGAAUUUAUAUAGAAAUAUUAUGUGUUCGGCAUUUGUACUUGUAUGUUUGUGACUUUAUCUCUCAGAGUGUAUAUUUUGCCUCGUCCUCUUUC